AUGCAGUUUUUAGUUGAUACUGGCAGCGAUCUCUGCGUCUUCCCCCGCACCGCUCUACGCGAACGGCGAUCACCCACCAGCUACAAACUCUACGCAGCAAACGGAACUGCCAUAGCCACCUACGGUUUCGCUCACCUAGAGUUGAACUUGGGCCUCCGUCGUGCCUACCAAUGGCGUUUCAUCGUGGCAGACGUCACAAAAGCCAUCAUUGGAGUCGACUUUCUAUCAUUCUACGGCCUCAUCGUCGAUUGCCGUAAUCAUCGCCUAAUCGACAGCACUACGACAUUGACGACACCAGCAGCUGCAGUUUUAUCGUCGAACACUAUUUCUUCUGUGAAGACAUUGAUCGGCGAAACAGCUUACCAUCAAUUACUGCGUCAAUUUCCUGAGAUAACGCGCCCUGCUGGGACCGACCGUGUCAUCCAUCACGGCACAGUCCACCAUAUACGGACUACGCCGGGACCUCCAAUUUCAUGUGCUCCACGCCGCUUAGCUCCGGAUAAACUGCUUAUCGCCAAAGAACAAUUCGCAGCUAUGCUGAAAAAUGGAACUGCUAGACCAUCAGAGACUUGUGCUGAACCGCUGACCACGAGGAUCGAGUCUCCUGUAGCUGAGUACUGCAGGGCUUUGAUAGGAUGGUUCUCGCAGGGCUGA